AUGGAGCUGAAGAGUGUGACUGCCACCGGAGCUGAGGGCUACAGAAACACUGGCUUCCAGGUCCCAGAGCCCUUGUUAGAUGGUGGCCUGGGUGCUUGCGCCAGUGCAGCAGAGCUGACAUUCAUUCAACAUGAGAAACUACAUGAACAGAUGCCAGCAACUCCCUGGAAUUCAGGGUCACUAAAUGAACUUUUAGGCAUUAGCAAAGAAAGGAACAAAGAAGGUUCCUGCUUCCAGAGCCAACAUAACUGCCACAAUCAGAAAUGGGGCCAAGCAUUGGCCUUCAUGGUAGCUAUAUCUUAUAGCUUUGGUGGAGUGGUGCCACCAAGUGGACAUUCCAUGCAGCAACCACUAGUGUCCAGUUUACGAAGUUUCAGAUUCUGCCACCAGGUGGCAGGAAUAAUCAGCAUCAAGAAGCUGAAGCUCCUCAGUGAAGAAGACCUCCACGAAUACCAGAACACAUCAGGAAACAACAACUCGCUAAGAAGUAGAGUUGCGCAAAACAGAGAACACGUAAAUGCCAAACAGAGUGAAGAGCAGGUCACCAUUGAGCAGGAUUCUCCAAGAAACAAGGACAAUGAGGACGGUGAUCAAGAGACACAUCAGAAAGGGUACCUGGCAAGGAAGUAUGUCACGGUGUGUGAUUUUUGUAGGAAACACAAGACCAUCUUUCGAUACAUCAUCUGGGGCAUCUUAUUGGCAGGUUACUUGGCAAUGGUGAUUGCAGCCUGUGUGCUGGACUUUCACAGAGCCCUUCCUCUUUUCGUGAUCACCGUGGCUGCCAGCUUCUUUGUGGUCUGGGAUCACUUAAUGGCCAAAUAUGAACAUCGAAUUGAUGAGUUCCUAUCUCCUGGCAGAAGGCUUCUGGACAGCCAUUGGUUCUGGCUGAAGUGGGUGAUUUGGAGCUCACUGAUCCUGGGGAUCAUUUUCUGGCUGGUCUUUGACACCGCCAAACUGGGCCAACAGCAGCUGGUGUCCUUUGGCGGGAUUAUCAUGUACAUUAUCCUGCUAUUUCUAUUUUCCAAGUACCCAACCAAAGUUUACUGGAGGCCUGUCCUUUGGGGAAUUGGGUUGCAGUUUCUUCUUGGGAUCUUAAUACUAAGGACUGAGGCUGGAUUUAAGGCUUUUGAUUGGUUGGGCAAACAAGUUCAGUAUACCAACGCUGGUGCUAUAUUUGUCUUUGGUGAGAAAUACACAGACCACCUCUUCGCAUUUAAGGUCCUGCCGAUCGUGGUUUUCUUCAGCACUGUCACGUCCAUGCUCUACUACCUUGGAUUGAUGCAAUGGAUCAUUAGAAAGAUUGGAUGGAUAAUGCUAGUUACUAUGGGAUCAUCUCCUAUUGAAUCUGUGGUUGCUGCCGGCAAUAUAUUUGUUGGACAGUCCGAGUCUCCACUGCUGGUCCGACCGUAUUUACCGUACAUCACCAGAUCCGAACUCCACGCGAUCAUGACUGCUGGGUUCUCUACCAUUGCUGGAAGUGUCUUAGGCGCAUACAUUUCUUUUGGGGUUUCAUCCACCCACUUGUUAACUGCAUCAGUUAUGUCAGCACCCGCAUCACUGGCUGUUGCUAAACUCUUUUGGCCUGAGACAGAAACACCUAAAAUAACCCUCAAGAAUGCCAUGAAAAUGGAAAAUGGUGAUUCGAGGAAUCUCCUAGAAGCUGCAACACAGGGAGCGUCCUCAUCCAUCUCUCUGGUGGCAAAUAUCGCUGUAAACCUGAUUGCCUUCAUUGCCUUAUUAUCUUUUAUGAAUUCAGCCCUGUCCUGGUUCGGAAACAUGCUUGACUACCCACAACUGAGUUUUGAGCUAAUAUGCUCCUACAUCUUCAUGCCCUUUUCCUUCAUGAUGGGCGUGGACUGGCAAGAUAGUUUUAUGGUUGCCAAACUCAUAGGUUAUAAGACAUUCUUCAAUGAAUUUGUGGCUUAUGAGCACCUCUCAAAAUUGAUCAAUUUAAGGAAAGAAGCUGGACCCAAAUUUGUAAAUGGCGUGCAGCAAUAUAUGUCGAUCCGUUCUGAGACAAUUGCCACUUAUGCUCUCUGUGGCUUUGCCAAUAUCAGUUCCCUAGGAAUAGCGAUCGGCGCACUCACAUCCAUGGCUCCUUCCAGAAAGCGUGACAUCACUUCAGGGGCAGUGAGAGCGCUGAUUUCAGGGACCAUAGCCUGCUUCAUGACAGCCUGCAUCGCAGGCCUACUGUCUGGCACCCCUGUAGACAUCAACUGCCAUCACAUUUUAGAGAAUGCCUUCAACUCCAGUUUACCUAGAAAUACAACCAAUGUAGCAUCUUGUUGCCAGAGUCUAUUGAACAGCUCUGUUGUCAACGGUCCCGGCCAGGUCAUCCCAGGAGGAAACCACAGCUUGUAUUCUUUGAAAAACUGCUGCCAGUUGUUGAGUCCAUCAACACUGAACUGCAGUUGGAUUCCUAAUGCAUUCUGA